GGACUCUCAUUCGUGCUGCACAGCUCGAACAAGUUACAACGUUCGUCGCUCGUAUUCGUUGUCGUCGUCGUGUCGGUUUCACGGACAGCACAAAUCAGCGCGUGCAAAACGGCAAAAUAUCGCGAUCAAAUAUCACACAUUCAGGAUUAUCAGUGAAUGGUGGUGAAUCAGGGAUGCAGUGAGUUGUUUUUCCAGAUCAGAUUGAGCUAGUUUUGUGGGCUAAAAGCCUAAUCCAAAAGGUGGGUGCUCCCGAUCGUGCCUCCGUUAAAUUACCCCUUCUUAGGCUGGUGUACUCCGAAGAUGUUCUUCAAACUGUUCGAAUUGUGGAAAACCACAAUUAUGCUGUAAGCAGAAUAUCCUCGAACCGUGUGCUGUCUCAACAAACCAGGAGUGCGAGGAAAACCCCAACCGGGACCGUCGAGCGCUGGACGACACCGGCAGAUUCCAUUAACUCCAAGUGUGCAGCUGCUGCUGCGACAACUGAAAAGUGUGAAAAAAGAAGAAAAACAGUCCCGCCCGAAAAUGUCCCGAGAAAAUCAAAUUCGCAGUGAUCGCGUUCCUUUCCGCAGGGAAGAGAUGCGUUAGAGAGAAAGCACAAGUAUGUGACGAGUGACUCGACAGCACGAUCAGCGCUGUCCCAAAUGGUGUGCUAAAUAUUGUGAAAGUGUGUUCUGUGUGCAUCCGAGAAACUGCCAAAAACCUGGGGGAUUGUGGUGCGUUGUGCGGGUGUUACCAAUGGGUGUGAAGAUUGACCUAAGGAAAAGAUACGUACGAGUUUAGCAGCAACCAGAGCCGAAAAACGAUGCACGACCUUUUCACGACCGUCCUUUCCAAGCGGGAUCUCUCUCGAGCCGGCGAACUUUUCUCAGUGGCCGACAGUGAGAUUGUCAACGAUUUGAGCGAUGUGCUGAAGGAAAUUUCCGCCAUCAUCAGCCAUGAGGAUUACCUCCAGAAUAGCAACGACCAGUCGGUAAUCGAGAUCUGCAUCAAUCGGGUCACAUCAUGCAUCAAAAAGACCAACACCAUCGAGAAGCACUGCGCCGGCCUAGUCGAUCUGCUGGAAACUUGCCUAAAAUACAACCUGAAGCCAUCCAGCAAGGAAGCCGAUUCGCCGCAUGCGAAAAUUUCCUCCGAUAUCAUUUCCAGUAUUUUCUUGAACUACAACAAAAAACACGUGAUGGAAGUGACACUGCCCGUGGCCGUCAAAUUCCUGAACAAGGGCAAUCUCGAGCUUUCCCGCAAUCUGGCAAGUUACCUUUCCUCGGCAGCAAUAGAAUAUUCCUAUCUGUUGUCACCGUACGUGAAACUCAUCCUAGAUUCCCUGCUUAAUGGGAACUAUGGAUUGUGUCACGUCCUGUCGCAAAUUUACGACGCCGCCCCGGAACCAAUCAACACCGAGGCAGAACGAUUCGUCGAAAUCAUUCCAAAAUGUGAUCUCCAAGAGCAGAUUGUGAUUCUCCAGCUACUGGGGGCCAUAGCCAAAAACAAACCGUCCUCUCUACUGGGUAGCAUUCCUCAGCUGUUCGAGCUGGCCCAGAAGCCAGCGAUAUCUGCUGCCGUUAUGUUGGUCAUCCUGAAGCUGGUAGAUUUCAAACCAAUAAAAAUGAGCGAAUACACGGAAUCCGUGAAAAACGUGGCGCAGGUCGUGCCACAAUCCGUCGGCUUCGCUGCGCAAAUCCUUUCGGCCAUUGGGAAAUCAAACAAAGAUCGGGCCCAAGUUGCGCUGGAUUUCGUUCUAGAGUAUUUGCCAAAAGCGGAUCGGAGCCUGCAAACCAUCCUGCUGAACGAAGCUACGAAACUGUGCACAAAAUUCCCGGUUCUGUUCACCGAUAAAGUAACUUCGGUUGUCCGCCAGCGUCAACUGAACAACAAUAACAACAACAAUCAAAUCAAACUGACGCAGGGUGGCGUUACCAUAGUCAAUUUGAAUUCCUCUGCCACAUUACCAGUAUCGACAACUGCCUCCUCGAUGGCUUCGUCAGCGAUCAUUCCCAAAACCCCAAACGUAGCGGUCAUAAGCAAUAGUGUGACGAUGCCCAGCACCGGCCACAAUCUGGUGUCGACCACAGUUAUCAAUACUUCGAACGGAACAACUACCACUUCCACCAUCCAUCCGGCCCUGUUAACGAAUUUCGUUAACACGGCCAACGCGACGCCGGCGGCAAAUGUUCCGCCAACUCCACCACAUACCGGGUACACGCGACGAGCGAAGCUGGGUGAUUCCCGAAGUACCGGCCGAUUACAUUCCGGUGGGGGCGGAAACAAGAGCAUGACGAGGCUUAACAUCGCAGGGGGUUCGGUUGGAGGCCUACAUAAAUCUAUGACCAGGCUCAGCUCCUCGCAGUUACUUGGGCAAUACAAUGGCGAUACGGGUGCGCUGGACGAAUCCGGCAAGCCACAUCACGGCACCAGUGGGGGAACGGGAGGAACCGGAGUCAGCGGUGGAGUUAGCGGAGCUGGUGGCAUCGAUGGAAGCAGUGCGGGUGGUGGUUCCAACUCAAACAGCAACAUCCUGAAUAGCAAUUCCAGUGGGAAUGUUGGAAUCGCUUUCGCCAAUAAAAACAAUAGCGUGCAGAACUUUUCCUCUCCGAUACCGCCUCCCUUGAGUCAACAUGUGACGAUUACGGGCGAAAAUAAGUGGGGCAUCCCUCAGACAAAAAUCACCUCUGGAGGAGUUACCGUUACAACAUCUCCGACACGUGCUCAAAGGCCAUACUCGCAGGGUCCCAAUACACUGAUGGGAUCAACGGGAGCACUCGGGAAAAACUCUCUCGGAGGUUUGAAUCAGUCAACCGGGUCGAUCGGAAUGGUGCAGGUGCAUCACGCUUCUCCGGCCUCACCGACAAUGUUCAACAAUCACUCCCAGCAAACAUCACCCCAGUUGACAACACUCUCGCUCAAUUCAAACGCAGACGCCAGCAAUCAGGUCAGCGUUUCCGGUCCCGCUACCGUCACAUCACGACGAAACGACAACCGCAGUGUAACGCUUCUGAACGCCAGCAACACUGUGAACCAACGAAUGAGUGUUUUCGAGCCAUACCCAAUGCGUGACACAAUACAGCACUUCUGCGAGAAGCAUUUGGACAAAAUUAAAGCGUUCACGGAGAGUGUUGCCCAACGAUUGCCCCCACCUGCAAAGUGCAUCAUUGAGGAGCGCCGAGCGAAGAAGAUGGCUAAGCUGCAUUUCGCUUGCCAAGUUCGUGGCCCACACUGUCUGUACUCACGCACGAUGUUUACGAUGCGGACGCGUAACCCGCGCACCUGGAUACAUCUGAUGUUUUUGGAUCUGCAGGCUCGGGCACCCCAGAAUGCGCUCAGCAGUUGGGAUCCGAGCGUGAGUAGACUGAAGCACUGCUGGGAUACGUUGAAGUGCGAGAACAGAACGUUCAUCACGCUGGUAACCAGUGCGUUCCCGAACGUGAAGGAACAGGAGACACUGGUCAACGAGCUGCGGAAUGCUGGCUUCUUCGAUGUUUUCGAGCUAGGGGCGGUCAGCACGCCGGAUCAAGCGAGCAGUGAGGAUUUGCAGUUUCAGUGGGGCUGCUUCCUAUGCAAUCACCCGGAAAAAGCAAUGGACUUCUUGCACGGAAACAAUCAGCCAGUCAUCGAAGGGCAACUCAAGGAAAAGAAAGGAAAAUGGCGGCUAUUUCGUCGAUGGCGCACACGUUAUUUCACCCUGUCCGGUGCUCACUUGUCCUGCAAAGGAUCGACUGGCGGUGAGAGUAUCGAUGUGAAUCAGAUUCGAUCUGUCAAGGUAUCAAGGGGAGCACGAAACAUCCCAAAGGCGUUCGAAAUCUUCACCGGGGAUCAAACGUUGAUAUUGAAGCCAAAGGAUGGCAACAAAGCGGAGGAAUGGGUCCAAUGCCUAAGUAUUGUGCUGGCACACUCGCAGGCACGUGACAGUCCGACCACACGCACCAACAGUCUUCCUGCGCGCAGCAUCGGAAACAGUCGGACUGUAUUCUAGACAUAUCAAUUCACACACAUCAGUAGCGAAUAGUUAAGAGAACAUGAAAGACUAAACAUAAUGUAAACUAAUGUAAUAUCCGUGUACUUAAUGGUAACCACAGAACAGCAUUUCCUUCCAUAUCGUCUACUUAAAAGUGUAAGAAAGAUAUAAUUCAGCAAACGGACAGUGCGUUAUAUAAAUUAUCUAGACAAUCUAACUGGUGGUAUAACAUACAGAUAACGAAACAUUUUUAUAAACAUAAGUACCGGAGGCCAAGCACACCGCGCUAUGUCAAUUGCAAAUUGAUUUCAAAGCAAGUAUUGAUGAAUGAAGCACAUCAAAAACACACCGAUUGUAUUUCCGGAUCCUUCCUAAGAAACAUAUGUGAAAACGAGUGGCUAAUUUUUACACUAUUUGUAAGUAUCUAUUUGUACUCGAGGUCUAUUUAUUGCCAAUUUCUCUACACCUUGAUGAAGCAAUCGAGCAGAAGAUAUUCGUUUUACACACUCCCCUCACAAUCUAUUGACUAGUUCGUAAGCUGACAGAAACAGAGAUGAUGAGAUGAGAUGCGAUUUUGUUAUGUUUUUAUUUACUACAAUAUGCCAACUUAAGAAAAAGAGAUAUAUACAUUAUCCUAGCAUUACUACUACCUUGAAAGACUUUGGAAAAUCAAUCAUGCAGGUCAGAUUAUUUAUUGGAAAAUGAAAUUAAACAGAUUGUAUUAUUGGUGUUGAAGAUGUGCAGAAAAUUGUUGUUCCCUAGGAUAAAUUUUCUAAGUGUUUCUGGUCUGAUAAACUUUUACGUCCCUAGUGAAAAAUUAAACUGAAAUCGAAUGCAGCUGUGUGUUCUUU